AGUAAGGGGUAAGGGUAGGGAGGCAUCAAGAUAAAAGGCAGCCAGGCUCCUUCUCCCUGGAGAUGUGUUGCCUGUCAACCUCAAUCCGUUCCCUUAAUCCUUUCCUGCCACCCCACCCCCACAACUCCUCAUGAUGACCAGUGUCCUGGGCCUUUAAGAGGUAGCUAGGCUGGACUGAGGAGAGCGCUCACACCUCUCCCCACCCUGCUCCUUCUCCCUGGCUGUAACUCUGCCAGCUGCAGCAGUAAACUGCAGUCGUGGUGGAAGACGGUGGAAGCAGUCAAGUGCAAAGGAGAAAAAGGAGCCAGGCUGAGUCUUCUCGGUGGAGAGCUUUGCAGAGCUCCGGAGGCGUCGCUCACAGACGGGAUUCCUACCUUACCCACGGGGACUCUGGCACCAGCUGGUGGAGCAGUGGGUGAUGGCAUCUCAGAUUCAAGACCGACUGACCACUGAUCAGGACCUGCUGCUGAUGCAAGAAGGCACCACGAUGCGCAAGGUGAGGACCAAAACCUGGAAGAAGCUAAGGUUCUUCAGACUUCAGAAUGACGGCAUGACAGUCUGGCAUGCACGGCAGGCCGACGGCAUAGCCAAGCCCACUUUUUCCAUCUCUGAUGUGGAGACAAUCCGGAAGGGCCAUGAUUCUGAGCUGCUGCGCUAUCUGGUAGAAGAGUUCCCCCUGGAGCAAGGCUUCACCAUUGUCUUCCACGGUCGCCGCCCUAACCUGGACCUAGUGGCCAACAGUGUUGAAGAGGCCCAGAUGUGGAUGCGAGGGCUCCAGCUGUUGGUGGAUCUUGUGGCCAGCAUGAACUACCAGGAGCAACUGGACCAAUGGGUGAGGGAAUGGUUCCAACGAGGAGACAGAAACCAGGACGGCAGGAUGAGUUUCCAAGAAGCGCGACGGCUGCUGCUUCUGAUGAAUGUGGAAAUGGAUCAGGAAUAUGCCCUCAGUCUUUUUCAGGAAGCAGAUGUGUCCCAUUCUGAUACUCUGGAAGGAGAAGAAUUUGUACAGUUCUAUAAGGCACUGAUUAAGCGUACUGAGGUUGAGCAACUAUUCGAGCACUUUUCGUCAGAUGGACAGAAGCUGACCCUUCUGGAGUUUGUGGAUUUCCUUAGAGAGGAACAGAAAGAAAAAGACAACGCCCCCGACCUUGCUCUGGAAUUCAUUGACCGCUAUGAGCCUUCAGAGAGUGGCAGAUUGCUGCAUGUGCUGAGCAAGGAUGGCUUCCUCAGCUACCUCUGCUCGAAGGAUGGAAACAUCUUCAACCAAAACUGCCUCCCUGUCUACCAGGAUAUGACUCAGCCUCUGAAUCAUUACUACAUCAACUCCUCUCAUAACACCUACCUGCUGAGGGACCAGCUCUGCGGCCAGAGCAGCGUGGAGGGAUACAUACGGGCCUUGAAGCGGGGGUGCCGCUGUGUGGAGGUGGAUGUAUGGGAUGGACCUGGCGGGGAGCCCAUUGUUUACCACGGACAUACCCUGACCUCCCGUAUCCUGUUCAAGGAUGUUGUGGCGACACUAGCACAAUACGCCUUCCAGUCAACAGACUACCCACUCAUCUUGUCUCUGGAGAAUCACUGUACCUGGGAGCAGCAGCGGACCUUGGCACAACACCUGACUGAGAUCUUGGGAGAGCAGCUGCUGAGCACCACCAUAGACGGACUGCUGAUGGAUACGCUGCCCUCGCCAGAGCUUCGAGGGAAGAUCUUGGUGAAAGGAAGGAAGUUAAGAACAAUUGAGGAGGUUGAGGUUGAGGAAGAAGAGGAAGAACUAGACAAAGAUGACAGGUCAGAGCUGGAUCCAGACCCCUACCCUGUGUUGGACACUGAGGUUCAGCCCGAGUCCCAGGAGCUGGCCUCUGGAAACAAGGACAGUAAGGUUUUGACGUGUCCGAUGGCUUGUCUGCUUAUCUGUGGUCACAUUUUGGUCCAUGCUCCCAGUUCCAUUCCUGUGUCCCUUUUCUUGUCCAACCAGGACUGCACGACCAUCUUAUGCCCAGACCUGUCUGCCCUGGUUGUCUACUUGAGGGCUGUCCCUUUCUGCAGCUUCACUCAUUCCAAAGAAAAUUACCACAUCUGCGACAUUUCAUCCUUCUCUGAGACCAAGGCCAAGAGCCUUAUCAAGGAGGCAGGUCAGGAGAGAAGAGGGAUGGGUAGCUUCAGGCCUGGCAGGCAGGCAGGCAACGAGUUUGUACAGCACAAUGCCAGGCAGCUAUGCCGUGUGUACCCCAGUCGUCUGAGGACAGACUCGUCCAACUUCCACCCCCAGGAACUCUGGAAUGCAGGCUGCCAGAUGGUGGCGAUGAAUAUGCAGACUGCAGGGAGUGCCAUGGACAUCUGUGAUGGGUUCUUCCGCCAGAAUGGUGGCUCUGGCUAUGUGCUGAAGCCAGAAUUCCUGUGUGACAUCCAGAGUACCUUCAAUCCUGAGAAGCCCAUCAGUCCUUAUAAGGCCAAGACCCUCUUAGUCCAGGUGAUCAGUGGUCAACGGCUCCCCAAAGUGGACGACACCAAAGAGAGGUCCGUUGUGGACCCACUGGUGAAAGUGGAGCUCUUUGGUGUUCCUGAAGACACCAGGCAGCAAGAGACCGACUAUGUGGACAACAAUGGUAUUAAUCCCUACUGGGGGCAGACAUUCUGUUUCCGGGUCCGGGUGCCUGAACUUGCUAUACUGCGUUUUGUGGUAAAGGAUUAUAACUGGAAAUCCCGGAAUAGCUUUAUUGGUCAAUACACCCUGCCCUGGACCUGUGUGAAACAAGGUUACCGACACAUAUCCUUGCUCUCCAGAGAUGGCACUAGCCUCCACCCAGCUUCCAUCUUUGUGUAUAUCUGCAUGCGGGAAGACUUGGAGAUGGAUGAAUCCUGAGAAACACAGGGAAGGACUCGAAGCAAAAAAAUCUACAGAAGCAUUAUCCCCUCCAACCUACAAGUCCUUCAAAAUCCAGAGCCAACGAAAGGAUCAAUCAAGGAUCAAGGCUCCCAGGCAAAGGUUGGGGAAGGAUGCCUGACCCCAGAACUACAACUGUCUAAGAGAACAAUGAACAGCCCUGAGUCCCCACUGGACUGCUGCUCCUUAGCUGGUCUAAAUAGAGCUUCUCUGUCCAAUUUG